AUGCCGCCUCCAAAGAAGACGCUACUUAAGGUCAUCAUUUUAGGCGACACUGGGGUCGGGAAGACCUCAUUGAUGCAACGGUUCAUUAAUGGUAAAUUCUCACAACAAUAUAAGGCCACAAUUGGUGCUGAUUUUCUACCGAAAGACAUGAAGAUCGACGACAAGAACGUGACGUUACAAAUCUGGGACACUGCCGGCCAGGAACGAUUCCAAAGUUUAGGGGUUGCCUUCUAUAGAGGUUCCGAUUGUUGUGUGUUGGUGUACGAUGUCACUAAUGCCAAAUCUUUUGAGAACUUACAGAGCUGGAGAGACGAGUUUCUAAUCCAGGCAAACAUUCGAGACCCUGACAACUUCCCCUUUGUUAUCAUUGGGAACAAGAUCGACGUCCAGGAGAGCAAACGGGUGGUGAGUUCCAAGAAGGCACAGCUCAUGGCACAGAACCUUGGCAACCUACCCUACUUUGAGACAAGUGCAAAGGAAGCCGUCAACGUCGAGCAGGCGUUCGACGUGGUGGCUCGUAACGCGUUGCAGCAGGAGGAGAGCAUGAUGUUUAACGACGACUACACGGACGCCGUCAACAUCCACGUGGACGGCGACAGCUACGGGAACUGUUCCUGCUGA